AUGGAGUCUGAGCAAAGACCACUCCUCGGCAACGAGAACCAAUCCCAUGAAAUUGGCAGACGUCAUGAUAGCCGAAGGGAUUCAAGGUGGUCACGAAUCCGCGAAAUCGGAAUUUUCGUUUGGGCCUUGAUCGCUACUGCUGCCGUCAUUAUCAUAGCCAUUGCCACCCAGCAUGAUCAACAGACGUCCAGGCCCGACCCGCGACAAGCCAAACGCAACCUUGUCUUUAUGGUCUCAGAUGGAAUGGGCCCUGCCUCACUAUCACUGACCCGCAGCUAUCGUCAGCACGUCGAGGGUCUCCCUGAGCAAGACACUCUCGUCUUGGACAAGCACUUCUGGGGCUCUAGUCGGACACGAUCUAGCAGCUCCCUGGUCACCGACAGUGCCGCUGGUGCUACUGCUUUCUCCUGCGGUAAAAAGAGCUACAAUGGUGCCAUUUCUGUGCUUCCCGACUUUCAGCCUUGUGGUUCUGUUCUCGAAGCUGCAAAGAGGGCCGGAUACGCCACUGGUCUGGUCGUCACGACCGACAUCACCGACGCAACUCCGGCUUGCUUUGCAAGUCAUGUCCUGAUUAGGCAGAUGCAGGACUCCAUUGCCUUGCAAGAAGUCGGUCAUGGACCUCUUGGCCGUUCAGUUGAUCUCAUGCUGGGUGGUGGACGGUGCCAUUUCAUGCCCAACUCUACUGCCAGUAGCUGUCGUUUGGAUGACGUUGAUGUCGUUGCCUUGGCGCAGGAAAAGUAUGGGUGGUCGUAUGCGGACAGCCGCCAGGCUUUCGAUGCUCUGCAUGCAGGUCAAAAUGUCACCUUGCCGUUAUUAGGAUUGUUCGCCUCAUCAGACAUCCCUUUCGAACUGGACAGAAGGAACAUGAAUGACGUUUAUCCAAGCCUCAGCGAGAUGGCACAGACUGCACUACGUACUCUGGAAAAAGCUACUGCCAAAAGCGAUAAAGGCUUUUUCCUCAUGAUCGAGGGUAGCCGUAUUGAUCAUGCUGGCCACAUCAAUGAUCCCGCCGCUCAGGUACGAGAGGUCCUGGAAUACGAUGACACAUUUAAGGCCGUGUUGGAUUUCAUCGAUGACACUACGACUGAAACUAUCCUCGUUGCAACCAGUGACCAUGAGACCGGUGGGCUUGCUACCGCUCUCCAGGAGCCUGGCCACCUUCCAGUUUAUAACUGGUAUCCGCAUGUACUCGCCAACGUCUCUGCCUCGUGCGAAAGCCUGGCUCAAUCGUUACAGAGUCAUGUGUCCAACAUGUCUGCUUCUAUUUCCAAGCAACAGCUCAAAUCAUGGAUAAACGAUAAGCUUGUUAUUCCCGGCCUGGGUGUCACUGAUGCCACAGAUGAUGAGCUUUCGCUUCUUGCUGAUGACCCUGAGACUUCUGUCAAUACCUUCGCUGCUAUUAUCUCUCUUCGUGCACACAUUGGCUGGAGCACGCAUGGCCACACAGCCGUCGACGUCAAUGUCUACAGCUCUGGCGGCCCAGAGACUGAACGAAUCCGAGGCAACGUUGAGAAUACCGAAAUAGGAAACUUUCUCAGCCACUAUCUAGACGUAGAUGUUGAUGAGGUCACACAGGAACUCAGAGAGAAGACCCAUAUCAGCGACGAUAACAGUUUUCAUGCAACUCAGGAUCAAAAAGGGACUGGAGAUUGGGCGUCCGACAAGUAUCAUACCUUUGAAGACUGA